UGCCAUCUAUUUCCUAAUAGUUCGGCGGUAACAAAGCGCGGGUAUCGUUACGGGUGUAGUAAUUCUAUUAAUUGUCAUUAUUGGUUAUAUUUAUUAAUUGUGUGAAGAAAAAAUCCAAAAAAUUAAGAAAAAUGUUCGAAGCGCGUUUGGUACAAAGUGCAAUUUUGAAGAAAGUAUUAGAUGCAAUAAAAGAUCUUUUAACUGAAGCCACGUUCGAAUGUUCCGAUUCUGGUAUUCAAGUACAAGCAAUGGAUAAUGCUCAUGUCUCCUUAGUUUCUCUUAAUCUUAGAAGCGAUGGUUUUGAUAAAUAUAGAUGCGAUAGAAAUUUGUCAAUGGGCAUGACUAUUGCAUGCAUGUCCAAAAUUCUACGAUGUGCUGGUUCAGAAGAUACAGUGACAUUACGAGCAGUGGAUAAUCCAGAAAAUAUUACGUUUAUAUUUGAAUCACCAAAUAAAGAAAAACUUGCAGAAUAUGAAAUGAAACUUAUAAAUAUGGAUCAAGAACAUCUUGGUAUUCCUGAAACUUCAUAUUCAUGUGUUGUAAAAAUGCCAUCUCAAGAAUUUUCACGUAUUUGUAGAGAUUUAAGUCAAUUUGGAGAAUCAAUAACAUUUUCAUGCUCUAAAGAAGGUAUAAAAUUUAGUGCUUCUGGAGAUUAUGGACAAGCUACUGUUAAAUUAGCACAAACAGCUGAUGCAGAUAAUGAAGAAGAAGCAGUAAUUGUCAAUAUGCAAGAACCAGUAAAAUUAACAUUUUCAUGUCGUUAUCUUAAUUGUUUUAUAAAGGCUGGACCCUUAUGUGCACAAGUACAAUUAUCAAUGUCUAAUGAUGUGCCUCUUGUAUGUGAAUACAAAAUUGGGGAUAUUGGACACAUUAGAUAUUAUCUGGCACCAAAAAUUGAUGAUGAUGAAGAAAAUUAAUUUUUUUCUAAGAUUGGAAUCUUUUUUAUCUUAAAUACUUUUUUAUAUAAGUUAUCAAUAUAAUAUUGCUUUAACUUUGUAUACUUUGAUUUUUUACUGUUAUAUUUAUCAUAUUAUUAAAAAAGAAUUAAAUAUUUUCAAAAUCUUAAUAUAAAUAAUGAAUGAUUAUUUAGAUAAAAAAAGGUAUAUUUUGAUAUUCAUUGAGGAACGAUAAAAGGAUUAAUUAGAAAUACUUUGAAGGUAAUAUAUUUAAAUUUUACAUUUAAAAGUCAUUUGGCUCGUCACAGUGUUAGCGCAACGUGAAAUUGACACUAAGAUUCAUCAUUGACACAAUCAUGAUAAACAUGGUAAUAUGGUGUCAUUCUUAAGAUUUAUAAUUGUUACCGUUUCAUAAACUGUGACAAUAUUUUGAUAAUAUUGCAUUUUUUUAUAUGUAAGAAGAACUCAAUAUAUUUCCAAAACAUUUGAUAAAUUUUGAA